AUGCGGGCAGCGACUCUUGUGACCGCUCUUCUGACGGGUGGGGUUUCCGCGGGUACACUGGGAAAUGUAGCGCAUUUGGCACGGGGCAAUUCGGUGGAGGAAAGCAUGAGGAGAUAUGUGGACAAGGUCGUCCAACCGAUAGACCGGAGGCAGGCACCACCACCAGCAGCAGCAGCGGGCGUGGAUAUGUCUCAAUGGGAUGCGAUGGCGACCUUAGCGUGUACAACAACGUUGGAGUCAUUGAACGGACAAGCCAGCAAUCCCUCGGGGAUCGCCGUGUGCUAUAAUCUUCCCUUUCUGGACAAGGCAACGGGUGUCUUCCAGGCGGAACUCCGCCUGUAUACGAUAUCUCCACCGACAGGAAAUUUUGCGAGCAUUGCGGCCAAGGAUAUCAACGUCGGACUUACGUACAAUGGAGCGACGGUCUCAGCAGUGAAUGCCUCCGCAAUGGGGCGUCGAUCAGAAAUUGAAGCUACGAUGUUGUGGCCUCGAGGAGAUGGAAUUGAGAAGAGACAGUCACCAGCAGAGCCUACCCUAUCUCAAUUCUACGCGUUUGUCGGUCAAAUCAACAAGGAAUUGUUAGCAGUUCCCAUGGGAACUGAUGCUCUCCAAAAAGUCCUCGUCCCAGCCGUUACAUUGAAAGCGGUUAAUUCGACUGGCCAACUCGUCAACACAACGCUAUCCUCCCAGGAAGCAACCUUUGUCGCAGGCGUCUUCUCUACUCAAGUAGUGCCUACAAGGAGUCAACUCGCCCCGCCCAUCCAAACCCUCGUCGUCACGGGCGACCAGCCUUUCGUCGUUCCGGGCCUCAAUAUCUUGAUCUUCCCCAUCGGUGCCGUCAUCACGGGCGUCUGGGCUAUCUUGUUGAUUGCAACAAUUGGCUUGGGCACAUUUAGACGGAUGCAAUUCCGAGAAAACUUCCGAAGACGACAAGCGCGGGAAAUGAAGGGUGGCCUGGCAAGAAUUUGA